AUGGCGCCAGGCAACUUGAGCAUUGAUGAUAACUGCGUAGCAUUUGAGUUGUUGACUGAAAGGCUUUACUCCUUCUCACCGAUGCUUGCUGCACAGAUAGUUAUAGAGACGUGGCAGGGCAACGGGGACAUGGAACAAGUCAUCAAGUAG